ACAGCUGAACACGGUUGGAAAGUGCAACAAGAGGGAAGAGAAAAGAAGAAGCAGCUUGUGAGAGCCAAAAGUAUCACCCUUAGAGAGAGGGGAGAGAAUCCAGAUUUGGUCAGGUGGAAGCAUCCUUUGUGGGUGUUAGGGGGGCAAAAUGACUGACAGAGUCUACCCUUCAAAGGCCAAUGGGGCAGCAGCCACAAACGGGACCACUGCUGCUAAUGGUACUGCAGCCGCCAACAUCCCCCGGGCCUUCCCUGCUACCAAAUCUCAGUUCAACAAUCCCAAUCGCCAUCCUUAUCGCUCUCAGUUCAACAAUCCCAAUCGCCAUCCUUAUCGCCCAACGCCAAAUACCUACCGCAGCCGCCGCGGCCGUCGCGGAUGCUUCUGUCUUUGUUGCUUCUGGUCUAUCCUCAUCCUCCUCAUCCUCCUUCUUCUCGCCGCCAUCGCUGGAUGUGUCUUCUACGUACUUUACAGCCCCCACCGUCCGUCUUUUUCGGUUAACGCUCUUCGAAUCUCACAGUUUAAUCUCACUACCGCCGCCGACGACACCACCCACCUCGCCGCCGCCGUUAAUCUAAGCAUAUCCGCCAAAAAUCCAAACAAGAAGCUUAUCUUCUUCUAUGAUCUCAUAUCCAUUACCGCUCAGACCUCGAACAACGUCGUAAUUUCAAACGGGUCGUUCCCCAAUUUCCCAAGCUACACUGGAAACACGACGAUUAUUAGAUCUGUUCUCUCCACUGCAUCAUCAUCCGAAUUCGUCGUCGUCGAUGCCGAUUCGGUUGCGUCGCUGCGGUCGGAUCUGACGAAGAAAAGUGGAUUGCCUCUUAAAAUUGUAAUGGACACUAAGGUAGUGGUGAAGAUGGACGCGAUUAAGAGCAAGAAAAUCGGAAUCCGAAUCACCUGCGACGGGAUCCACGGGGUAGUUCCCAAGGGAAAUACGACGGAGGUUGCCUCAACGGCCGAUUCAAAUUGUAAGGUUGAUCUUCGGAUCAAGAUCUGGAAAUGGACAUUCUGAUCGAUUUUUCUUGGUUGGUUGGUUGCUUGCUUUGCUUGCCAUCACGUGAUUUACAGAAGAGAUCAUCCGUUUCAGUGCACUGGCAAAACUAAAAAUCCAGCUAUGUUUUUGGCUGCUUACUUUCUUUUUCUUUUUUCUUCUUCUCAUACAUAUUCUCAGAUAUUCUUUCUUUAUCCAAGUUAACUUGUUUGUCA